CUUACGCAGGCGGAGAAGGCGGAGUCUGUGCAUGGGCAGAGGAGCCAGCCGUCGGGCUACAGCCAUGCCCGAGCCCCGUCAGUUGCCUCGGGAGGAGGCGCUGCUCCUCCGGCCUCCCCAGUGGAGACAUGCCUGCCAUGCCCUCCUCUACGCGCCCUGCCCUGAUCGCCUCUUCGGGAAGAUCCCCUUGCGGUUUGCGGUGCUGAUGCAGAUGAGGUUUGACGGGCGCCUGGGAUUUCCAGGUGGGUUUGUGGAUCCACAGGACGCCUCCUUGGAAGAUGGUCUGAACCGGGAGCUCCGUGAAGAGCUGGGUCCUGGCUGUGCCUUCCUGCGUGUCGCGGAGGGCGACUAUGUGAGCUCCCAUGUCUCUGAGAAGCCCCAGGGGGUGGUGGCCCACUUCUACACCAAACGAGUCACCCUGGAGGAGCUGCGGAACAUAGAGGACCGGGCCACGCAUGCGAAAGAUCACGGUUUGGAGGCGAUGGGCCUGGUCCGCGUCCCGCUCUACACCCUGCGCGAUGGGAUCGGGGGCCUCCCAGCUUUCCUUAGCAACACUUUCAUCAGCUGCGCUCGAGAUCAGUUGGUUCACGCCCUGGAAACGCUCGAGCUGGUGCCGACAGAGCACCUUCAGAAGGCUGUGGCCGUGGCCCAGAAGAGGCUGUGAUUGCUGCUGGCUGGGACCCUCUCCUCCUUGGAAGGCUGUGUGAUUGGGCAUUCCGAAGAGCCCGAGAUCCCUCAAUUGACCUUUUGAAUCUGAACACCACCGGGGAUGCGGGGAAGGAUUAAAACUAGGGUGGUGGAGUUAUUUUACAUGCGCCAACCUGUUAUUGAUGUUGUCAGUCCUAUUGUACCUGGGUGGAAAAGUUUUAAAAGUAAAGCCAAGUUGAGCAGA